AUGUCAGACGAGGAACCUUCGCUGAACAUACCGUCGCUUCUCACCUUAGCGGUUGUAUCAUACUUUGUUAUCCGGUGGUUCUUUAAUCGCGAUGAAAGCGCCGCGGGAGGAGGCCGAGGUCGGGGGCGUGGCAAUGCUGUUGAUCCGGCGCAGGUGGAACAAAUCGCGCAGAUGUUUCCUCAACUAAGCACUCGAGACAUAAUGUGGGAUCUGCAGCGUAAUGGGGGCAGUGUCGCCGCAACGACAGAGAGGAUUCUGACUGGACGGGGGUUGGAAACGGUACGUGUUGCGUUGAUGCUGUUAUUAAUUUGCCCGCCUUAUUUUUAUCUAAGACAACUUGACUUGCCUCCUCCCUCGUUCCAACCUCAGGUCGCAAUCCCCCCCACCAACAUCCCGCCGACGCAAACCGCGGAUAGGGCGCCCAAAGCGGACGCACAGGACUUGAUAUCUCGGUAUAAUCUGAGUGCAAAGGCCGAGAGCCCUUCUGCAGAGCCACAAUCCGAGACACCUUCCAAGUCCACCUGGUCCCAGAAUAAGGAAGAGCGCCAACGGAUACUGCAGAAGCGUCGGGAUGAUAUGAUCUUAGCGGCGCGGAGGAAGAUGAUGCAAAAGAACCAGGGCGAUGUCCAAUGA